GCGGCCUCGUGAUCAAUCCCGUCUGUGUUGCGGGCGCGCGCUCGUGCGUGCGCGUGCGCGUGUCAGGGACGCUGCAGCUUUACUCUUUCCCCCCUUUUCCCUCUCUCUCUCCCUGUCUCUCUCUCUCUCUCUCUCUCACAUCAUUUCUCUCACGUUUUUCCUCAUGACACGGUGGAUUUAAGACAGCAGGCCGUCCCGCGGAUCCCUCUACGACUCGAGUCCACGUUUCCGCCCCACCCCUCUUUCCUUCCCUCCCCCUCAGUGUGCUGGUUGCCAUGGAGAGCUCAUCGGUGGCGUCGGCAUCAUCGGAGGCGGGAAGCACACGCUCACAGGAGAUCGAAGAGCUGGAGCGAUUCAUCGACAGCUACGUGCUCGAGUAUCAAGUGCAGGGACUACUAAACGACAAGAAUGACAACGAGAACGACAAUGCAGACAAGACGCAGUCCAACGUCUCUCAGUGGACGGAGGACUGCAGUGAUAAGAUAGAUGGGAGCUGGUCGUCCUCGCGGGGUAGGGGCUCGUCUAAACCGGAUGAAUGGGAACACAGCAGUAACGGAAGUACAGGUUCCCGACCGAGCUCAGGUUCUCGGCCUGGAUCCGGUUCGAGAUCAGGCAGCCAAGGACGCAACAAACAGUUCUGUGCACCGUCCAAGAAUGGAAACAGAGACGGCUCGUUUGACAUACUGGGGACGGACAUAUGGGCCGCCAACACCAUGGACUCUCACGGUGGUGCGACGUGGGACCUGCAGCCAGAGAAGCUGGAUUUCUCGCAGUUUCACAGGAAGCAGUACAGAGGAACACCGAAACAUCUCCCACACAUCGACCGUGAGGGGAUGAUGAAGAGCAGAUUCGAUGAUGAUACUAUUGAUCUCAAUGACAUAGAGAAGUUCCUGCCUGGCCUCCCAGUUUUCCCACCGUUGCCUAACGAGGCCGAGAUCGCGCACACCAAAAAGCUCUUCCGCCGCCGCCGAAACGACCGCCGACAUGCUGAGGCACCGCAGGACGAGCUGACCGUGCUGCUGCCCUGCGACGGGAAACGGCAAGUGUCCAGGAGACAGCAGCGUCCUCCUGGAGGAGGAGGAGGAGGUGGAGGAGGUGGCGGGCCCAAAUCCCACAAUCCCCAGCAACAACAGCAAUAUCAGCAGGUGCCACCACAUUCCCAACAGCAGCAUCAGACAACCAAUCAAAUGCAUCAGCUCAUCGCAGACCCCCAGCCAGAAGGCUUCAGCGCCAAGCACGGGCAUGGAGGGCGGGGCUACCAAAGCGGGCAGCAGGGCCGCGGGCAUCACCACGGUUACAGCCAGAACCGGCGCUGGCACCAGCAGCACAGACAGCCGGGACAGCGGAAUGCCAAAGAGACGGACAGCGUGAAGGAGGAGGAGAACGAAUAUAAGACGCCCAGAGUGACGGACAACACCGGAGGAGACGACAACAAGAACGAUGGAAAGCAGGAGAAGACGGAGGGAGGGAAAGUCAGCCUGCUGCAGUCCUCUAAAGAGAGGCUGAGGAGGAGGCUGAAAGAGAAGGAGGAGGUUCCCAUGGCGAUGCCAGGGCCUCAGCGUAACCGCAUGGACAAGCUGCUGGAGAUCCUGAACAGCAUGAGGAGCAACAGCAGCGGCGUGGAGGCGCAGCUCACGUCCUUCAUGGAGGAGGCUCAGAGCUCGGCCCAGUCGGAGGAGACGCUCAGCGAGAUCGUGCAAACCAUCUACAGCAAAGCCGUCCGAGACCGAGGCUUCGCCGCCACCGCUGCCAAACUCUGCUACAAGAUGGCGCUCUUCAUGGUGGAGGGCACCAAGUUUCGCUCGCUGCUGCUCAACAUGUUACAGAGGGACUUUACGCGGCGUGAGGAGCUGCAGCAGACAGAUGUGGAGAGUUGGCUGGGCUUCAUCACCUUCCUGUGUGAGGUGUUCAGCACCAUGCGGAGCAGCACAGGAGAGCCGUUCAGAGUGCUCGUGUGCCCCAUCUACACCUGCUUACGAGAGUUGCUGGAGUCAGCGGAGGUGAAGGAAGACGCCGUGCUCUGCUGCUCGAUGGAGCUGCAGAGCGCCGGGCGGCUGUUGGAGGAGCAGUUGCCGGAGAUGAUGAUGGAGCUGUUAGCCGCAGUGAGGGAUAAGAUGCUGAGUCCAUCCGAGUCUCCGCUCACGCGCUCACUGCUCAUGGAGGUCAUCGAGCUGCACGCUCAUCAGUGGAGCCCUCUGGAGGCCCUCACCACGCAGUACUACAACAGAACCAUCCAGAAACUCACCGCAUGACCCCCACGCAUACACACACACACAAACACACGCAUACACACACAAGUGGAGCCCAAGGGAGACCCUCAUCUCUCAUUGCUACAAGAGAAACUGACCGCAUGACACACACACACAGUGGUAGAGCCCCCUGGAGGCCCUCAUCACUCAGUACUACAAGAGACAAACUGACCAUGUGAUAAAACUAACACUUGUUUAUGAGUAAGAAGGCAAGGUCUGCUCCAAGAGAUAGAUGGAUGGAUGGAUGGAUGGAUGGACGGAUGGGAAACAGAAUGGAUGGAUAUAUAGAUGAACAGAUAAAUGGGUUAAUUAUGUGUGUGUAUGAAUGAGUGGGUGGAUGGAUGGACGGACGGACGGACAAGUGGGUAACUGAAUGGAUGAAUGCAUUAAUGAGUGGAGAGUAAGGAUGGAUAAAUGGAUGGGUGUAUGGAUGGAAGGAUGGACAGUUAGAAGAAUGGAUGGAUGGAUGGAUGGAUGCGUAACCAGGUGGAUGGAUAGUGUUAGUGCAGAUAUAUCUCGCUCCUGUCCUGGGGGUCGAAGGUUAAAGGUUAACGCUAUGCAGAUUUGAGUGAAUAUGUAUGUGCUCGUUGUUUCACAGCCGCAUGUUAAUGAUCCGCUUUCAGACAUGAAGCCAGACUGCUGUUACAUUAGUAAACAUGCUACAUGCAUAAACAUGAGCAGCGUUAAGUCAGGAUUCAUCAAGAAAUAAGCACACACACACAGACACACACACAGAUACACACACAGAUACACACAUGUACACACGCAGAUACACACGCAGAUACGUACAUUAAACACAUGUAGGUGCGUGUAAGAGCCAAAGAGAGCGCUAUAAAGAGAGACUUUAACGCUAGCACACAGGGGGUAGUGGUGCAGUCCUUGCUUUCUUUUGUGCUCGUGUGCCAACCAUCCAGCCUUCCUCUCUGUCCGCAUCCCUCUCUCCAUCCCCCUCUCCAGACCUGUGUGUGUGUCAUUGUUUGGCGAAUCAUGUCCCUGGAGCACGCUGUCGCCCAUCAGCGCUGUCUAGCCGAGGUCAAGCAGACAGACUGCAGAGGGCUUAGCCUGCUUUUGUCUCCCUAACACACACACACACACAGACACACACACACGCCACAGUCUGACUCUGGAUGGCAGAUGGCCGCUGGAGACUAUAAGGCCAGACACACAGCCCUCGUCCUCUUGUCCAGCCUAAAGGGAGCGUGUGUGUGUGUGUGUGUGUGUGUGUGUGUGUUGAGGAGGUUUCAGAUAAAAGCAUCAGGCGUGCUGCACCCGGCCUCUUUGUUGUCGCGUAUCCUUUUUAUUUCCUCUUCAGGUUUUUAUUUCCCGCCGCAGUGCUCGUCCACUGCUCGGCGUUUAUUAUCCCUGUGUAUAAUACUUAUUGUAAUGUUAUUGUAAUGUAUUAUAUGUUAUUGAUUUUUUUUAAUGUAUGUUUAAAGCAGUAUAUACAGUAUGUGUGACAUGACAUGAGGAUGUUUUAGGGCUAGACCUAUUGCACAGGUUUGAAAUAUUUUGCACUGUUUUAAGGCAAAAGAAAAAAAACGAAGACGGAAAUUUGACGGAGGAGGUUCGCUGGAUGAGUUGGGUAGCUGUGCAAAACUCCUUCAGCUAAAAGGAGAUUUAGAAUUUGAUUUUAACGUUUUGCGAGAAAUGAAUGGCCUUGCAGGAUGUGCGGUAUCUUCCAGACUAUAAGACACACCCCCUAAAUUCUGUCUGCUUAGGACAAAAAUAAGCAUAGAAGUCGCGUCACUUCUAGAGGGUGUGUCAUUGCCUGGCGAGUACAACAGUUAGGGUGAAUAAUUUGGUGAAAAAAUUUAACGUGCACAAUUAACACACCAAACUUGUUUCAUUUCAUCGACUAUGUAAGGAAUAAAACAAUGUGGCAUGCUGUUAUAUUGUGGAAAUGUUUUAUUCCAUUUACGUCGUAGAAAAUUUGACUACAAUUAGAAUUUUUUUAAAUAAUUAUUAAUUAAAGACCAAAAACGGCAUACUUUUUAUUUAUUUAGUGUUGUAUUUCUUGUUGAGGAACAUCCACAAAACAAGUUCCUGUUCUCACUUAUGUUAUAGCAGUUACAUAUCACCAUAUUCCCCUUUUUUAUUCUCUUUUUUUAAAGUUAAUAUGACAAAAACAAAAAACUUGACCAAGAAACCAUAGCCUCCUCUGUCCUGAAAACUUAAAGUAAAGCUUUACCUAUAUUGUUACAAAGCGCCGACACUGGAGACUCCUUCCAAGUAUGUUAUAACAUAAAUAAACAUCUUUUUACAAAAAACUUCACCAUAUCAAUGAUUACACACGUUUAUGUAGAGCGUCCAUCAUAUAAGUCCCUGUGCAAGUUGUCCCUGUGCGCAUUAAUAUAAACCUUACGGUCAGAAACGUAAUCGAAUCGAGAAUUCAUCAACACUGAGCUACAAGCUAGUUUGGUAUAAGAGCAAAAUUGUGUGCGUUGGAUUUUUUUGUUUGCCAAAUUACCAAUUUUAAAAGGUUUUUGUGCUUUGGAUUUGACUUUUUUCCCUCUUAUUGCCCUGAAGUGCAGCUUCCUAAUAGAAGAUUGAGGAGAAAAAAAAUAGAUAGGAGCAUGGCUUUAAAAAAAAAAACAAAACAAAAAACGUUGUGUUUUGGCAUUUUGCAGUGGACCUUUUACUCAAACUUGUAUUUAAAAAAAAAAAGAUUUGAGGUUGAUUGGGUUUCUUUGCAGACAAUGAGAUGUUUUAACAGUAUAUAGCUAAUAAUAAUCGUCCAUUACUCUGGGCUUCGCAAACGUGUGUACUACGAUAUUGGAUUAACACGAGCCAGUCGUCUAUUUGUUAACGGCCUGCAUGUAGUCAUAUAUACAGCGUAUAUGAAUAUUAUGACAACGAGGGGAAGAUUAGGAAGCAUUUCAGAGACGGGGUGAGUAGUUUGUAGCCUUCAGCUGCUUUAUUUUUUUGUUGUUGUUGUUAUUUUGGGGGAAACACUCACUUGUACACUCUCUCACAUACACAUAUAUGUGUAUACGUAUAUAUAUGCACACACAUACACACACACACACACACACACACACACACACAAAACCUCCAAGGUUUCUGUUUCUGAAUCUCCGCUGGCAGGUUUGUGUUCGUAUAAUUUCUGUCUUGCAUCAAGAAUUGAAGACUUGAAGACAAGCAUGUGUGUGUGAUUUAAAAAUAGUGCUCUCGCACAUGAAACCUCGCGUGCUUGUCUUCAGACAUGAUUAUUUUAUUUUGUAUUUGUAUAAUUUUAGGCUUUUAUUUAAUUUACAUCUACGUUUGCUUCUCAGCGAUCUCCCAGUAAAGAGGAACUGUGCAUUUUGUUUGGUUUUUUCAUCAAUUCCACACACACACAAACACACACACACACAAACACACGGCAGGACUCCUGUAACCUUUGACCUCACCGGUCACCGAGACUGCUGAAUGCAGAUUAGCCCUGUUUGCAUUUCAUUGACAUUAAAAUGAGACGUUGCUCCAGCAGCUCCUUUAGGCUAAAACAUUGUAGAAUUUGCAGAUGAAAGCCUUCAGCGAUUUUUUUUUUUUUUUUUUUUUUUUUUUUUGUGGGGAUUUUAUUUUCUGUUUUUGUUUCUGCAGUUGAAAAUAAACUGGGAUGAGAAGUGAAAA